GGCGCCGGGGCCGCGGGCAGCCUUACGCCAUGGAAAAGCAGCCAUAGAUGCCGCGCGCCAUGUCGCGGCACCUCUGGUGCGUCCUACUCGCCGCCGCAGCGCACGCAUUUCCCACCAACGACGCGGAACGCACCGCAUUCGCCUACCUCAUCAAUGGCACGGAGCCCGCAGACGGCCUGCUCGAGGUCGACGCCGCGGCUGCGGCCAGCGCGCACGUCGGAAUGCUCGCAAACAGCGGUCGCAUCGCGCCGAACGACGCCGCGCUGUGCGCGGACCGCGCGCGCCGGGCGGGCCUGCCCCACGCCGCCGCGGCGCUCUUCAACAACGUGGCGCUGCUGUGCGGCGAGAUCUACGGCGGCGACGCGUCCUGCGACCGCGGGGAGAUGUACGAGCGGGCGCACGACGCGGCGCCGGGCCUCGCCGGCGUGACGCUGAAUUACGCCUACUUCCUGGAGCAACGCGACGACCCGCUCGGCGCGGCCCGCGUGCUGCGGCGGGGCGCCGAGGCAUCAGAAGCGGACGGCGACGCCUACGGCGCGGCGGGCAUUCGGGUCAUGGCCGCGUCGCUCUGCCAGCCGCACGUGCGGCGGGCCCAGGACGCGCCGGCGCGCUACGCGCGAUUAUUAAGGAGGCUCGAGGACCUCGCCGUCGACCUGGAGCAGCAAGACAUACAGGGGGACGCGCGAAGCCUAGUGGGCAACAUGCCCAUCGCCUGGCCCUAUCUGGGCUACGCAUUCUAUCCCCUCGCGAAGAGGCUAGGGAGAUUGUACGCCGCGGCCGGCGUGCAGCCGGCCGGCGUCGCGCCGUACUGUGCAAAGGAGCCGCGGACGAAGCCGCGCGUCGCGGUCGUUGCUGAAUUCGGCGGCAACACGUCGCCCGGCUUGCUCUUCGUCAACGUCUUCAGGGGCCUGCGGGAGAAAUAUUCAGAUCGCCUGGAGCUGGGCAUCGUCGUGCCGGAGGGCCUGGACACGGACUUCACCGCUUCUGCCAUAGACGCCGCGGCUUUUGUGGUCUACAUCCCGUCCGACGACAUGGUCGAGGCGGCCAACGUCAUCGAGCAGGCCCGGCCCGACGUUUUGGUGUAUCUCGCGCUCGGUUUGGCCCACCAGACCUACGCGCUGGCGCGGCGGCGCCUGGCUCGCGUCGUUCUGGUCUUCGGCCACGGCCACCCGCUGACCUCUGGUUUGGAUACGGUGGACUACUUCGUCUCGUCAGAGUCGUACGAGCGGGACCCGACGUGGCCGAACCGCGGCGCUUCCAGUAGACACGCCAUUAAUGCGGAGGCGGCCGUAUUUUUCGACGAUGAUUCUAUGGUGCUCGGCGCCUCGAGUGACGCCGACGACGCGGCUAGAAAAGCGGCGGGCUUAGCACCUGAUUAUGGCGCAACGGGCGCUACCCUAAGGCUCGACGCCGCGGCGCCGCGCGGCGACGGCGCCCAGAAAUAUGAAGAGCAACUCGUGUUGUUCGAGCACUCGUCCAUUGGCUUCGACGAGCCGCCAGCACCGCCCUAUUCAACACGUGCUGACCUCGAUCUGCCAGAAAACGCCCCGGUCUUCUGCGUGCUGCAGCACUCGAAGAAGCUGCAUCCCGACUUUGAUGCGGCCCUCGCAUCGGUACUAGAAAAGGCCCCCGAGGCGUUCAUCUUGUUGUUGGAGGGCGCGCGGACGCAUGUGCCGCGCUUCAAUCAAUCACUAGGCGAGGACGCGCUCGAGCAGUUGAUCUUCCUGCCGCGCAUGAGCCGCGAGCGAGUCUUGCAGGUCGUAUCCCAAUGCGACGCGUUUCUGGACACGUACCCCUGGGGCGGAGGGGUCACGGUGCUCGAGUCCCUAGCGAUGUGCACGCCCGUCGUCGUCCUGCCGCGGAAGACGACGAUCCUCCAGCUCGGCCUGGGUCAUUUAAGAACGAUCGGGCUGGAGCGGGACCUCGCGGCGCGCGACGUCGACCAGUUUGGCGCUAUUGCGGCGCGGCUCGGCACGGACAACUACUUCCGGCAGCACAUGCGCCAGACGAUUUGUACGCGGAAGAAGCUGCUUUUUAUGAGCAAUGAGAGCGUCGACGAGUGGGCGCGGUUCCUGAUCCACGUGGCGCACGACAAGGCCGCGGUCGACCUGAAGCCGGAGACGUGGCCCUGGGAGAAGUCGCGCGAGCUGCACCGCGAGCAGGCGGCGCGGGACUACGAGAGGGGGUGGGCGUUCUGAUCUUUUUUUUGUGGCGGUAACUAUCUUUGUGCUUCU